CCUGGAAGCGUGGAGUUGUUGUCAGCGGGCUACACUGGGAUAUUUGUUUCGUCUUUUUUUUGCCGAUCAUAUGACUUGGACAAAGUAGUGUGAUAUUUUGGGUCUAUAUCAAUACACAGUGUAAUUACUAGUGUACAAAGAUUUAUCAGUUUAUAAUACCUCCAUUCGAGGCGAAAUCUAACGUUAGCCAAGCUGGGGUACGCUUAGAAGCUAGCCAUCAUAUCUAACGUUAGCUAACUAAUUAGCCAGCCAGCAAACAUCAUCAGCUGCUGCAGCAGGUUUUGAUAGUGUUUUGAAAUCUGUCAGAAGACUGACAUUUAACACAACACCAGUGAGGAUAUGUGUGUACUCAGACACCCAGUAAUGGGCAAGUUCUGGAAAUUGGCUAUUUUAUGAACUCAUCCAUGAUCAGCAUGGACAAGACCAAGGCAAAAUAUCAAAAUACUGAAACUGCAUCUACUGUACAUAAUAUGGACUUGCACCAAUUUUGAAGUCUAAGACCACGUUGAACUUCACCAAGUUGUCCAUCCAUCACUUGGAUUUGGGUUUCAGUGACACGGUUUGUGACGAUUCCUUAACAUAACUUGGGAUUGUGACGGCAUGUAGCUACCGUUGACCACACUGGACUGCUCUGGAAGAGGAUAGCCCUAGGGAGGCUGAGCCAAGCUCUGUAGCCCCAGCCAGCACAGCCUUGGGUGGGCCAGAGGGCCCAGCACGGCCCCUGAGAUGCUCCAGACCAACAACUACUCGCUGGUGCUGCUGAUCCAGCUGGCCCUGCUGACCUAUGACCUGUUCGUGAACUCCUUCAGCGAGCUGCUGAGAGCCGCACCAGUCGUCCAGCUCGUGCUCUUCAUUAUUCAGGACAUCGCCAUCCUGUUUAACGUGAUCAUCAUCCUGUUGAUGAUGUUCAACACGUACGUGUUCCAGGUGGGGCUGGUGUCCCUGCUGCUGGAGCGCUUCAGAGCGCUGUUAAUGCUGUCUGCACUGUACCUCACACUCAGCAUUUGCCUCCACUGCUGGAUGAUGAACCUCAGAUGGAUGGAGUCCAACCGCUUUGUGUGGACGGAUGGCCUCCAAGUGCUCUUCGUCUUCCAGCGACUCGCUGCAGUGCUGUACUACUACUUCUACAAGCGCACCACGGAGUACCUCGGGGACCCAAGGCUAUACGAAGACUCGCCCUGGCUGCGUGAUGCCUUCGCACGCGCCCGCCAAUGAGCCCAGCUGUGGCCAGCACAGUCCAGCACGCACCACCACCACACGCAGAUACAACAGGGAGGGACUUCUGACUCUUCAGAGCCAAGAUGACGGACAUGGAGAGAUGAGGAACUCAGGAUGCUGCAGUGUUACAGAGCCAAGAUGGACGACAUGGAGAGGAGAGGAACUCGGAUGGUGCAGUGUUACAGAGCCAAGAUGGAGGACAUGGACAUCUGAAGAGGUGGGCGGACAAUGCAGCUCUGUGAAACCCUUCCAGAAGGAAGUUAGAAGUCAGCUCAGCUCCAGGUCCCAGUGGGGAUGCUGGAAUGUUAGGAGUCGCCACAGAGAUGACGGAGGAAGCUUCCUGUUGAGGUUUGGGAGUUGUAGUCCAGUAGUAGUGCAAAAAAGGUGGAAUUGAAGCCCAGACUGGGGAACACUGUGUGGCUCUGCACUCAACACUGCAACAAAGUAGACAUCAGCGCUCAACCAUGAACUAAGACUGAUAAUCUAGCUUUUACAUUUUUUAUUCACUUAGAGUCUACUUAUAAUAUGUUGGCACAUUCAUCACAAAGAGACAGAAGCUUGUAAAUCAAGAACAUUCUUUAUAUGGACACAAGCAGAUUUGUAUUUUGGAUUAUUAUCUUUGUCUGAACUGAAGAAUGUUAUAGCUGACGUAUUCUAUUGCCUAUGAAUGUUACUGAUUAGUAGAGGGUAUGAUACCUUGUUUUAAGCUGAUGUUUUUGGAUAAAAGUGCAAAGCAAGCCACUGAAACGGCUAGAUUAGAGGACAUGCAUCCGCUGGGAUGGGUGAUGCAUAGGUCAUGUGAGACCAGAUGGAAGCUCAGUAGAUUUUGUGUUUAUUGUUUUUUUGUGCCACUUUUUUAAUUGUUAAUUUUUGUGCCACUUUAAUUUUAAUCUGUAGUAGUUCACUCUGGCAUAUUAUGUUUUUUUUUUUGUAUUCCCGUGGAAAACUAACACAGCUCCCACUACGAGCAAGACUGAUGUGUCAUCUGCCUCACGAUCAUUAGUCACCCAGAAAUCAGCUCGACAGCAUUCGGCCCGCAGCCAGGAUUUACUCAAAGUGCCUCAGCUGACUGCCACUGGCUCAGUACGUACAACACUACCCAGGGAAGAGUGUUCCAUGCUUCCAUUGUGCACAGGAGAACACAUAACCAUGCUUGGCCUCCAGAACUCUAGGAGAUCAUAAAUAAAUCAGUAAAGGUACACACAUCAGUCCUGCUCUUGAGUGGGUGUAGGUGUGCACACACUAGUUUUGAGGCGGGUGGCUGGUGCUCACCUUGGCAGCGUAGUGUCUCGGUUUUCAUAAUUCAGUGGGGUUUUUUUUUUGUGCUCUGACGUCAUGUGCCUGCCUCAACGUG